UUGCUCACUGAAAAGCCUCUAUCAGAACGCAAACGACUUCUCCUCACCAUUUUUCCUUCAAUCGAUUUCACCAUCGAAGAAGUCUCUUUACAAGUAGCAAAUUGUUUCAAUCCUUUCCACACUGACGACUCAACCAUGGAUGCUGAGGAACCUGAAGAACUCGAACAAGAUAGACUUCUUUCUCUCUUCACUGUUACCAAAGGAGCUCUUUACUUAGGGGGAUUCGUGAUAAGUCCACCUGAUAAGACAAAACUUGCUCGUUACUUUGACACCUGGGUUCAACAUGGAGCUGAAGGACUGGUGGCUAAGGCUCUCUGCACAACUUACGUUCCUAACGGUAGAAAUCAAGUUGGCUGGUGGAAACUUAAACCUGACUAUGUCGCAGGUCUAUGCACUGAUUUGGAUUGUCUGAUCGUUGGUGCUUAUAACACCACUGCAGGAAGUGUGACAGCCGCUGCUACUCGACAGACACGAUUCCUCUCCUUCCUUUGUGCUGUGAUUGACGAUGAAUCUAGUGAAAAAGAGAGUAAGCGAGCAAAAAUGGCGAUGGAUACUUCAGAUAUCCCUACGUUUCUCACAUUUUGCCAGGUGACAAAUGGAUUAAAGCGUGAACAACUAGAAAGCAUAAACCGACGCUUAGAGUCGCAUUGGCGACCUUAUGAUCGUCGAAAGAUCAACAGCGGUGCUACAGAGUGGCUUUGCGUUAAAGGAGAGCGACCUGAUUUCUGGGUUCCACCUCGGCAUUCUCUUGUUCUGCAGAUUCACGCUGCCGAAAUGACCCCCAGUGCGUCAUAUUCCGCUGGAUAUACGCUCAGAUUUCCUCGGGUUUCCGCCAUUCGGGAAGACAAGAAUUGGGAGACGGUUGUAUCUGUGUCGGAAGGUAAAAUGGUUGAGACCAAGAGAGGAAAUCCCCCGGAUGAUGACAGUGAUAGUACCUCUGUCGAUAUUGAUGAACCAAGAACUUCUGACUUCUCAUCAGCCAACAAUACACCAACGACAAAGCCUACUCAGAAGCGAUCGAAGCCAGUAGGCCCUAUUCUGGCACCUUACUGCUCCCUGGAAGAGGAAUCAGUGGAAGUUGAAUCGACGGCCUUUAGAGAUCUCGAAUUCUGCCUCUACAUAUCCUCCCGAUUCAAUGCUCCUUCCACCCCCAAUCUUACCUCGAAGAGUGAUUUGGAAAGAGCGAUAGUAAAAAUGAGUGGAAAGGUGGUCCAAAACCCUGGUACUGCGACUGACUAUGUAAUUGCAGAUGUGGUGACCAUCAAGGUUUCGAACUUGGUUGAAGCAACCCAGAAGCACACAGCUCGAGGGAGGGAAGGUGGAUAUGAUAUUUUGUCCACGGAUUGGCUUAUUCGAUGUAUUCUUGAGAAGAGGUUGCUUUUACCGAAGGAACCCGAGGUAUUUGCCACUCGACCGUCAACGCAAUGCGAUGUGGAAUGA